AUGCUGCACCUCUAUCCCCUAUCUCCUCACAGGAAAUCCGACCACGCCUAUCUCCCAGCCAUAGCGCGAAUCCAUCUUGCAGCAUGGCUGACUAACCCGAUGAUGCGAACUGUCUUCUAUGGCCCGGCCAGUUCACAUCCUGAAUUCAUUGCGAGCAAUCUACAGCGCCACUCCAAGGCAUUCGUGGAGGAGUAUGACGAUGAAAGGAAUGCGUGUCGGUUUGCAGUCGUUAUUGAUGACGCGUGGCGACCGGAUCCGGAAGAGGAGUCUGGGAAAGGCGGAGGUGACGAGGACGAAAGGCCAAAAGGCGAAGUCAUCGCCGCGAUCAAGUACUACCUCGUCAAUCCCAAUGCUCCCACUUCAGAAACUGCCUCGGCGCCCUCGUCGACCGCUGUGCGCACCUGGCCGCCGUACUCUAAUGGUGCAUUGGCGUCACAUUUCUGGUCCUGUCUCGUCCAUGUUCGGACACGACUGACUGCGCUGCUUGGCCCGCAUGUCCUGGUGGAUAAUUUGUAUACGGACCCUGUGCACCAUCGACGAGGGGCCGGCGGAAUGUUAAUGCAACACGCCUGUGCCGAGGCGGACGCCAAAGGGUGGCCGAGCAUGUUGGAAGCGAGUCCGGCAGGGCUGGGCGUGUAUGAACGUGUUGGAUUUAGGAGGGUCAUUGCUGAGGAUGUAGAUCAGAUAUGGGUUGAUUUGAAGCGGUGGGAGAAUGGCGGGGAUAAGGGCAAAGAGUUUUCCCAGAAGAGGCUGGAAGAGGACGGAGGGAGAGGGGAUGGCUGGUAUGCCCAAGUCGUCAUGGUUCGGCCUGCGACCGUAGCAGGUGGGACGACGAUCGCUGUAGACGAGGCUGAAGUUGGCAGGGAAGAGGCGGCUGUCGUGUAG